UUGUCGUUGUUCCACGGCAGCGCCACCGUCUCGUGAUGACGUUUCUGACGUUCCUUACGUCACGUUGUUCCACUGAACGCCCAUUUCGACAGUCGAAAGUCGUCCGCGAUCUGGCAAGUGUGUGCGUGAGUGUGUCGUGUAGGGUUAGUGCAGUUGACUUGUAGUUGUCUCGGCCAGUAAAUUAGUGCAUCAUGUUCAGUUGGAUCAACAAAAACGAAGGCAAGAAGACUCCGGACCUGUUCGAGAAUGUCGUGGAGGGACUGAAGACGAUAUACAGGACGAAACUGUUGCCCCUGGAGCAGCACUACCAAUUCCACGACUUCCACUCGCCGCAGUUGGACGACCCGGACUUCGACGCCAAGCCCCUGAUCCUGCUGGUCGGCCAGUACUCCACGGGCAAGACCACCUUCAUCAGGUACCUGCUGGAGCAGGACUUCCCGGGCAUACGCAUCGGGCCCGAGCCCACCACGGACCGCUUCAUAGCCGUCAUGUACGACGAGAAGGAGGGCGUGAUCCCGGGCAACGCGCUCGUGGUCGACCCCAAGAGGCAGUUCAGGCCGCUGACCAAGUUCGGCAACGCCUUCCUGAACAGGUUCCAGUGCUCCACGGUGAACACGCCAGUCCUGAAGGGCAUCUCCAUCGUGGACACCCCGGGGAUACUGUCCGGGGAGAAGCAGCGCGUGGACCGCGGCUACGACUUCACGGGAGUGCUGGAGUGGUUCGCGGAGCGCGUGGACCGCAUCAUCCUGCUGUUCGACGCGCACAAGCUGGACAUCUCGGACGAGUUCCGGCGCUCCAUCGAGGCGCUACGAGGCCACGACGACAAGAUCCGCAUCGUGCUGAACAAGGCGGACAUGGUGGACCACCAGCAGCUCAUGAGGGUGUACGGCGCGCUCAUGUGGUCCCUGGGCAAGGUGCUGCAGACCCCGGAGGUGGCGCGCGUCUACAUCGGCUCCUUCUGGGACCAGCCGCUCCGCUACGACGUCAACAGGCGGUUGUUCGAGGACGAGGAGCAGGACUUGUUCCGGGACCUGCAGUCUCUCCCGAGGAACGCUGCCCUCCGGAAGCUCAACGACCUCAUAAAGCGCGCCCGGCUGGCCAAGGUGCACGCCUACAUCAUCAGCGCGCUGCGCAAGGACAUGCCCACCGUGUUCGGCAAGGACGGCAAGAAGAAGGAGCUCAUCAAGAACCUGGGGCAGAUCUACGACCAGAUCCAGCGCGAGCACCAGAUCUCUCCGGGGGACUUCCCCGACAUCAAGAAGAUGCAGGAGCUGCUGGUGCACCACGACUUCACCAAGUUCCACCCGCUGAAGCCGCGCCUGCUGGAGGUGGUGGACAAGAUGCUGGCGGAGGACAUCGCCCACCUCAUGGCCAUGAUCCCCCACGACGAGGGCGUCGCCACCACCGAGCCCCGCAUCAAGGGCGGAGCGUUUGAAGGAGUGACUGACACCAUCAGCCCCUUCGGCUACAAGCGGGGGGAGGGGAUCGACGCAGGGUCGGGGGAGCCCGAGUGGAUAGUCAACAAGGAGCGAUACAAGUACGACGCUCUGUUCGACUCGCUGGGGCCCGUGGACGGGAAGGUCACCGGCGCAGCUGCCAAGAGCGAGAUGGUGAAGUCGAAGCUGCCCAACUCGGUGCUGGGCAAGAUCUGGAAGCUGUCCGACGUGGACAAGGACGGCAUGCUGGACGCCGACGAGUUUGCGCUCGCGAUGCACCUCAUCAGCAUCAAGAUCGACGGCCACGACUUGCCGUCGGAGCUGCCCGACCACCUCGUGCCGCCGUCCAAGCGCGACUUCUGAGCGUUCCUGUCGCGCCGCGCCGCGCCGCGCCGUUCCGAGGAUGCGUCCGGCCGUGUGGAAGUGUGUGGGCGAGACUCGAGAUGAUUUUUAUAGUAUUUCAAAUGUUUUUAUUUUGAAUGUUCCAAAAUGUAUUAAAAGGAUGUGUAUAUAUAAUUGACUGCAUAGUUUAUAAGUUAUCAAAUUAGCAUGUGUGUAUGUGCCACAAAGUGUCUUGAAUAUAUAUUUUUUUGUAAAUAUGCUUGCAUAUAAAAAAAAAAGUUUUUGUAAGUGCACAGACUUAGGUCACACAAACUAUCUGUAUUAAAAUAUUUUGUGCUUUUUUUAGAAAAAUUUUUUGCAUUGUGAAGAAUUUUGUUAUAUACUGCCAUUCUCUCUCUUUAAGUGUUAAAUGUAUUCAAUAAAUUUACUUUUAAAAGUGUAAAGAGAAAUAUAUAAGGUGUUCAGACUUUAUCUUGUGGUUUUUUCAAUACAAUAAUUGAUAUUUAUUGGCUGUUGUGUAGAUUUUGGAAUUAUUUUAAAAUAGUUGAAACAGUAAAAAAAUAAUAAAAUCAAGCAUGUGCAAUUUUUUGUUACAGCACAAACUUGGUAACUUUCCAUGUUGUAUAUGUAUUAGUUCUGUUAGCAAAUUAUGUUUUCUUGUGUGCUUAUUUGUGUCACGAUUUUGACAACUUUUACCAAAGAUAUAGGAAGUAUCUUAUUCAUUUAAAUUAUUUCAGCAAGAUGUUGAGCAUUUAUCAGAGUAUGCUAUGUACUUGAGAACUGUAAGUGCAUGUGUGUAAUGUGCUGAGUAUUUGUGUAUGAAACCAGAUUAUAGGUUCCUAUUGAGUUUUUAAGCUAAACAUGUUUGCAAAUUUUUGAAUAAGUGCAACAGUGUUAUUUUCCAUGCAUUUGAUGUAAAAUUUAUACAUAUAUUGCCUCAAAUGCCAAAACAUAACCAAUAUAUUGUCUUGUUUCCUUGAGACUAAACAUAAAAUCCGUAUUCAUGCGA